UAUAAUGUAAUGUGUGUUUUGAUUUAUGUGAUAGCUUUUCAACUGCAAAUAUUUUAAUAUUCUUCGUCACGUAUUAAUAAAUAAUUUCCAAAGUGCAAACCUCAAUUGAUGUUCUUAAAUUCCGUUUCCUGACACCCAAAACUAUAUAGCAUAAAUUUUAACGAACAUAAUAUCAAUUGUGAUAUACCGAAAAGCACCAUGAAUUUGCAAUUUAGUGUAUUAAUCUGUUUUGCUCUUUCAACUUUAGUAAAAUCAGGAACGCAUAUAAAAUUUUCAAAAGAAUCUCAGCAUUGUACUGAAAUAACUGAUGAGAAUUGGGACCAAAUACAAAAAGGACAAUGGUUAAUCGGAUUCUUUGAUAAAGAAACGAAAGAAAGUCUGGAUUUAGAACAAGAAUGGGAAGCCAUUAAAGUUUCAAUUAAAGAUCCAAAUAUUCAAGUUGGCAAAAUAUUUGCUCCAGACAAUCCAGGUCUUUACGUACGUUUCUUAGUGACCGUAUUUCCGAAAGUUUUCUACAUUAAGAAUGGUGUUGCCCACAUAGUUCCUAAGGCUGAUAAAGCUUCUAUAAGUAAUGUUAUUGCUGAAAAAAAGUGGAGUGCACUGAAAACAGUUAAUUUCCUUAGUAAUCCAUUUUCUAUUCAGAUGUCUUUACUGUCCCACUUGUUUGUUUAUGCUGUGAAUCUUUAUAACUAUGAACACUCUAUUGUUCAGAAAUUUGUAUCAGCACCAAGUGCUACUGAUGUUGUUUUUGGCUUAACUUUCAUUAUUGUUGGAACAUUUCUUGGCUUGCUAUUGACUUGUGCAUUUGGUGUAGUUCAAAUUUUUUUCAUGGACUCCAAGGAAUAUGAAGACUACCCCAAUGGAGAAAAAGAAAGUGAAGAUGCAAGUGAAAAUGUAUCUGAAAAGAAGAAAGCUUUAAAGGAAACAAAAACUAAAAAGAAAAAAGAUACAAAGGAAAAUCAAUCUGAAGAGGAAGACUCGUCAGAGAAGUCUAGUUCUGUGCGGAAAAGGAAAUAAAUCUUUGCAUAUAUUUUUUUUUACAGCAAUGACUAUUAUAUAAAUUCCAGUUUUACAAGCUUUCUGUUCGGUGGGUAUUGUAUGAUGAUUUGUUUAUAAAAUAUUUUUACAAUAAUAAAAUUC